AUGAGGGUGAAGGUCAUCUCUGUCCUGGACGACAACUACAUGUAUCUGAUCAUAGAAGAACGUACAAAAGACGCUAUUGCAGUUGACGCCUCUGUUUCCAAAAAGCUGCUGGAUAUUGUGCGGAAAGAGGAUGCCAAUCUGAAGGCCAUCUUGACCACACACCACCACCUCGAUCAUUCCCGGGGAAAUGCAGAUCUCGUACAGCGAUUCCCUGACUUACCUGUGUAUGGCGCUGAUGACCGGAUAGGAGGCCUAACUCACAAAGUUAUUCACAACCAGGUGCUAAAGUUUGGAGACAUAAACGUCAGAUGCCUCUUCACCCCGUGCCACACGACCGGCCAUAUCUGCUUCUAUAUGUGGGAAGAUGGCUGUCCUGACGCUCCUGCACUUUUCUCAGGUGACACGUUGUUUAUUGGAGGUUGUGGCCAGUUCUUCGAAGGGACAGCUGACCAAAUGUACAAAAAUUUGCUGGAAACGCUCAGCUCUCUUCCUCCUGAAACGAAAGUGUUCUGUGGCCAUGAAUACACUGUGAGGAACCUAAAGUUUGCACUAAAAGUGGAACCAGACAAUGAACACGUGAAGGAGAAGCUGGCCUGGGCAAAGGCUAGAGAUGAAGAUGACAUUCCUACUGUCCCAUCCAGCCUGGAGGAAGAGUUCCUGUAUAAUCCUUUUAUGAGAGUGAGGGAGGAGGCUGUACAGAAAUUCACAGGGAAGACGGAUCCAGUGGAAGUAAUGAGGGUAUUGCGGAAAGAGAAGGACGAAUUCAAAAAGCCAAAAGAUCGACUGCCAAUCCCAGCACUGCUUGCCUAUCAGUGGGGUCUUCUCAGCCAAUCACUGCCUGCGCAGAAAUAG